CUAUCACUGGUCCUCGUGUUAUCAUCGCCUUCGCCUCUUUUCUGACUUUCGGAUCCUGGCUCUGCUUUCCCCCUCAACGAGACGGUGGCUCAUAUUUACUUCAGUAGCCUCCGGGACUCACCGAAUGCGUUCUUUUUCGCCUUCUCCCCUCUUGGACGAUGGUAACCAGGAGAACGACCCGAAACGAGACGGAUUUGUUCAUCUUCUUUGUUUCCCACGAGUCGACACCUACUGGACGGCCCGCUUAUUUCUUCCUAUGACGAUCUGCUCUAACUAGUGGCUCCCCUCCGAUCGGCCCUUAGUGUACAGCUUCCUCCCCACACCUCAUCCACCUGGACUUGAAGGUCCGCCUCCCUCACGUGCGACAUGUAAAUGAUACGCUGGUCGUCAUUUCAUCCAUCGAUCUUCUGGCACUGAACAACACAACCACGAGUUAUAGACCCCUCUUCGGAGGUGGUUUCACUGUGGAAUCAAUGGAAUCUGCCUCGUUGGCCGCCCGAGGCCUGUACCCUCAGGUACCCCCAGCCUAUGAGUCUCGAGCUGAGAUCAACCCGACCUUGAUGAUGAGCUGGUGGGCCACGGGGUUUUCGCUGGCUAUCAUUAUCGUACGGUUAUGCGGUCGCUAUGUGCGAAUCGAGCGAUUCUUUCCCGAAGACAAGAUCGUCAUGCUCAGCGUUAUCCCGCUCACUAUUCGCAUGGUGCUGGUUCAUUUCGUGCUCGUCUUCGGAACCAACAAUACUCAAACGGCUGGGUUGACGCAGGACCAGAUCGAUAAGAGAAUAAUCGGAAGUAAGCUGGUCCUGGCAGCGCGCAUCUCCUAUGCCAUCUUCAUCUGGACAGCCAAGCUUACCGUCUGCGAGUUCCUAAAACGAGUCACUGGCAUGGUCUGGCGCAAGUCGGUUGCUGUAUUCCUACGCUUCAUCCACUUUUUCCUCGCCUCUACGCUUGUCGCCGUCGUCAUCGCGACGCUGGCUGAAUGCCAGCCCAUCGACCAUUACUGGCAGGUCACCCCAGACCCAGGACCUAGUUGUCGGAGCGGAUAUGCACAGCUCAUUACAAUGGGGGCUUGCGACGUCAUUACCGAUCUCCUGCUCGUUGCAUUUCCCGUGCCGAUCAUCUUGAUGGCCCAGAUGCCCAUUAAGCAAAAAUUCGCCCUCGUCACCCUCUUCUGCCUCUCAUUGAUCCUAGUCGCCAUCACCUGCUACCGCGUCCCAUCCGUAAUCGACCGCCGCGGUGCACAACCCUACCGUUCCCUCGUCGCUUCAUUAGAGAUCCUCGCCGCAACAGCAGUUUCCAACCUCGUCGUAAUCGGCUCUUUCGUCCGUGAUCGCGGCGUCAAGAAGCUAAAGUACAAGCGCGCACAGGGCUCCGCCUCCGUCACCGAAAGCAUGGAAAACAACUACGUCCGUCGCAACACCGUCAUGCACCACCAAUGGGGCAGCGACUCAGACCUCGCCGGUGACCUGGGAAUCCGACUCGAUCCCAAGCUCUACUCCUCAGCACCCGGUGCUACCGUCCCUAUCCCAGCACCACCGGUCCCUCUCAUGGUCGCCCGCACCGGCUCCCUCGACCCAUCCUGGUCCUUCAAUCAAAGCCAAACCUCAGACGACGACCGCAUCUCAACCUCCGACAGCCUCGACAUCAAAGUUAGUCCACGCGAGUAUCUGCCAACCAGCCAGUCGCCCCGUGACAAACCACCUUCAAUUUCAAUACCUCUUUCCCGCCGCGUAUCAUUCUUCGAUGUCGGCGGUCUCCUAGACCGGGACGAUGAACCACCUUCACGACCUGAACUACGUUCCCGCCAUACGAUGGCAAUGGCACCCUCAACUACUACUACCACAGCUCCUAUCGAACUUCAACGUCAACGUCGUGGAAGUAGGGCUUUCCUAGAGGAUCUAGGCGUUCUUACCCCUCGCACCACCACCGCCGUCUCCGCACAACAACAACCCCAACCACAACACCCGACACACUCACGAGGAUUCUCAUCACCACCCUCUAUCAAUACCACUCCCACAGGACAACUCUCACAUACCCUCCCGCCCUACCGCGCCUCACCAGUCGUCUCCCUCGACGUAGACGUCGAACUGCAGGAUGUAGGCGGCCUACUCUCAAGAGAUACCCACCGACCCUAACCCUAAUUUUGCCAUGUCACGCGAUACGAUUUGAUUUGAUUCUUUUUUGGAUUUAUGAUGGAUAGGGAUUUUAUUGGGAUUACCAGGAGUUGGAUAUUUUGUCUCAUUUCUUGUUUCGUCUCUUUUUUUCGUCUCUUUUGUUCCUUCGGAUCUUGGAUUACUGCGUUGAUACCUCAUGGUUCGAUUCAUACCCCCCGCUUGUUUGGCUCUUUCAGCAUUUUGUUGUUCGCCGGUCUUUUGACGGUGGAAUUAGCGUUGGCGUUGGUGGUUUUCUUUUUUCUUUUCUCAUUCUUUCCUUUUGGAUACCAUACCUCUACCCUUGGGAAGAGAGGCAUUAUGUAAAACAAAAACCUACAUGGAAUUGUUUCUGCUUCUUGGGUUUGUAUAUCAUCUGUCAUAUGAAGAAAUGAAUCAUGUUUCUACAUAUUCUGUUCAAACA